AUCCCAGCUCUCCGCAACAUUGAAGCUGCAAAACACCGUUUUCCCAAUCCAUGCGCGCAUGUCUUCAGCUCGGUGCACCAUCAGGGGCACAUUAACACCCUUCCUCUACCCUUUCCCGGGCGACUGCGGCCUAGUAUCCUCCCGAUCUCGGAAUCGAUUCAGAUUCGUCGCAGCAAGCAGACGAUGCAACUCGACCGCCACGCCCUCUACCAGCUCCCAAGCCCCUCCUUCGCCUCCAGGAGACCCUUCAACAGAUGAUAAAUUAGCCCAUCUGGACCCAUCUCCAGAAUCGUAUUCCGCGACGCCCUUUGCCGACAGAUGCGUUCUCUCCAUUCACGGUGGUGCUGGCGGGCAUGGCUGUGUCUCAUUCGUGCGGGAGAAGUACAUUGAAGAGGGUCCUCCUAAUGGUGGUGAUGGAGGGAGUGGGGGGAAUGUCUACAUUCAGGCCGUACGCGGCGAGACGUCGUUACACAAGCUGGCAAGGAGGAGUCUGCUGAAGGCCGGGCGAGGGAAGAAUGGGCAGGGCAAGAUGAGGGGUGGUGAGAGGGGCGCCGAUGUCCUCAUCACCGUGCCUGUCGGGACAAUUGUGCGAGAAAUAUCAAGAUUCGACCCUAUUACUGAAGCAGAGGAAGCGUACCGUGAGGCGGAGAAGUAUGGAGAGUCGCCGCAUGAGGAGACUCGGGGCAGCUGGCGGAGGGAUAAAUGGCUCGUUUUCCCGGGAAGUGAGCCCUCUAAGGUCGCGAGAUGGGAGUUUCCUCCCCUGCCAAAACCGAGAAGAUCGAUUCUGGCUGCUGUCCAACCCCAAGCCCCGAUAUGGCUCGAUCUGGACAAACAUAUGGAGACGCCUCAGUUGUUGGUUGCCGGGGCCAUGGGUGGUAUGGGCAAUCCUCACUUUGCAACACAGAAUAUUUCAAGGCCAAAAUUGGCCACGAAAGGCGAUGAGGGCAUGCAGCUAAACAUUCAGUUGGAGUUGAAGAUACUGGCAGAUCUUGGGCUUGUAGGUCUGCCCAAUGCUGGAAAGAGCACUCUACUCAGAGCACUUAGUAACAGCAGAGCAAGAGUUGGAGACUGGGCGUUCACGACGUUACAGCCGAAUGUCGGUACUGUGGUGCUCGACAACCACAAAGGUCGACCCAUUGUCCACUCCCGAAGGCGAAAUGGCGAGCUCAGGGAUACCUUCACCGUCGCCGACGUUCCUGGCUUAAUCGAAGACGCGCAUCUCGACAAAGGUCUCGGAUUAGGCUUCUUGAGACACAUCGAACGCGCGGCAGUCCUCGCCUUCGUGGUAGAUCUCUCCGCUGGCGAUGCUGUUGCCGCACUUAAACUUCUCUGGAAAGAAGUCGCGGAAUAUGAAGCACUUCGACAUCAAGAACUGAACUCUGAGACUGAAAGACGCAUGGUCGACUGGAAGCCCCCAUCCGAGGUCCAAGCCGCCCUCUUCAACACCAACUCGCCAGAGCCGCUACCAGAACUCACAAUGCCGCCUAUUUCGUCUAAGCCAUGGUUCGUUGUUGCAUCAAAAGCGGAUCUACCGGAGACACAGGAGAAUUUCUUCGCGCUGCAGAGCUAUUUAGCUGCCGUUAAGAAGGGCGACCAGCCGCAUCCGAGUGCCCGUAGGAAUGCCUGGAUGAAGAAGCUGCAGGUUGUGCCUAUAAGCGCCAUUCGCGCUGAGGGUGUGGAGACAAUUCCGCAGAUCGUCAUGGAACUGUUGGAAGACUGAAUUGAAGAGCCCUAACUCGAGGUGGCCCUCGUGUUUCUAAACUCGCAUCGUUUAGCUCAAAUCACUUUCACAAGCCGCAUCAUUGCGGCCUUGAGCUGUUGAGGGCUGUCACCAGGUUCAUCCACUGACUAUAACCCAUGGACAAAUUCGUCACGGGUAUAGCGUAUGCCUGGACAAGCGUCGGAAGAGCUCAGCUCGUCUGUCUCUCACUUGUAUUAUACCACUGUAAAUGUAAACACAUAAAAUGAUACCCCGUACUACAAAGCAUUCAUAAAAAUGUUAUCUCGGUCUCCUGUUUUUAUCACCUCACUUAUCUUCCUCGCGCAACUAUUUGCACACUUUCG